GAACGUCGACGCAAGUCAAAUAGAGAGCUGAACGAACAUUGCGUUGCGCUAGAUGAGGACCAUGUGUUCGCCUGUCAGUCGAGCGAUAUUUUGACGUUCGGUGCGGUAACACAAAAGUGCGCUUUGUUUAUAGUGAAGCAGAUCGGGCGGAGCGAAACACAUGCGAAAACAUUGGAGGAGAUCAGCAAUUUCCUGACAGCUGAGGACGUCGUUGUGGUCGUCGUGGACGUCGCGACGCAGGGCGAGCGCCGCAUGCGACCCCGCAAUACAACAACACUUCAAUAAAUCGACUAUAGAAAUUUCUGAAAUUCGUCGCGAUGGUCUUCGAAUCGGUUGUGACGGACGUGCUGAAUCGCUUCCUGGGGAACUACGUCGAGAAUUUGGAUGCAACGCAGCUGAAAAUCGGCAUCUGGGGCGGUGAUGUUGUCCUCAACAAUUUAGAGUUGAAGCAGUCCGCGUUGAGUGAAUUGGAUCUGCCCGUGCAGACGGUCUAUGGACGCUUAGAAAAAUUGGUAUUGAAAAUACCUUGGAAGAAUCUUUAUGGCGCAGCCGUCGAGGUGUCCGUGGAAGGACUGUACUUACUUGUGCAACCCAACAAGGAAGUCAAGUAUGACCCUGAGAAGGAGGAGCACCGCCACCAGGAGUUCAAGCAAGCACAACUGGAGAGGUUGGAGGCCGCCAAAGCAAUGAAAGGCAUCAAGAAAGGCGAUGAUUCGUUCGUGGAAAAGUUGGUCGCACAAAUCAUCAAGAACGUGCAAUUAUCCAUCAAAAAGAUUCACGUGAGAUACGAGGAGAAGCGGUUGGAAAGGCCUUAUGCUAUGGGUGUUACGCUGAACAAUCUUCAAGUGCAGACCACUGAUGAGAAUUGGAAGGCUGCCAUCGUCCAAGAAGCUAUCUCGAUGAUCUACAAAGUUGUCUGCCUAGAUAGUUUAUCCGUUUAUUGGAACUGUGACACAGAAAUGUUCAGCGAUAUUCAGGACAAGGACCGACUCAUCGAAGUUUUUCAGCGAGACAUCGCUUCCAGAGACAACGUUCUUCCGAAUUACAAAUACAUAUUGGGACCCAUUAACUCCGACGCCCGAUUGAUAAUGAAUAUGAAACCGGAAAACGACAAACCGCCAAUGUCCACACCAAAGGCCCACGCUGAACUCAUAAUCGACAAUCUGGCAAUCGGAAUUACCAAGGACCAAUAUAGAGAUGUGGUAGAAUUUGCGGAUUCGAUGAGUCUGCAGACUUGCGGGUUGCCGUAUCGGAAAUACCGACCGAACGUGUCCUCUUAUCGCGGACAUUACAAAGAAUGGUGGAAGUUUGCGUACACUUGUAUCGUGGAGACGGAGGUCAAGAGGCGCAGAAAGGAAUGGGAUUGGGUCCACAUGCUGGAGCACCGGAAAAAAUGCAAGGACUACGCGGAGUUGUACAAGACAAAGAAAGUUCAGAAAAAACUUACCAACGAUGAUGAAUCGAACUUGUCGAAUCUUGAGAAGCACUUAGAUUUCUUCAAUCUAGUAUUAAUUCGUGAACGCAUGCAGCUUGAAAUAGAUAAAUUGAAUAAGAUGGUCGAAGAUAACAAACCGAAGACUUGGUUUGGAACGAUUUGGAAUCGUUUGAGCAGUAAUAGCGCCCAUGAGAUCGACGAAUCAACCAAUAUUUUGUCCAAAUUCCAACAGGCUAUGACCAGUGAUGAGAAAGAAAAACUUUUUGCCGCUAUUGAUUACCAAGAGAACAUGCAGCCGGAGAAUUAUCCGGAGUCCUAUGUGGGUGUGGUCGUGAAGUUUCAUCUGAAGAAUUUUGAGAUUAAUAUUAGCAACGACACCAAGAAUAUCUCGAGCGUUAUUAAAACGAAGUUGCAGAAUGUGCGAUGUCACAUCGAGCAGCGACCUAAGAAAAACGGGCUCAAGAUUGGAGUAAACAUUCAGGAUUUAAGCAUGUAUGGCAUGCAACAAUCUGACGGUAAUAUCCCAGAAAUUAUCACAUCACAGGUGGACGAUUCUGGAACAUUAUUAGACGUACUUUUUGAAACGAGUCCGGUUGGUACGGACUACGGACAGCGGAUUCACGUAUCCGUGGAACCUUUGAAGAUUGUCUACGACGCUGCAACAAUACGCGAAGUGAUUUCCGUUUUCAAAGUUCCUUCGUAUAGUGCUCUAGAACAGUUGUCUCAAGUCACUGCAGCCCAGUUGAGUCAAUUUAGAGAGAUGUCGGCUGCAGGAUUGCAACACGUAAUCGAGCAGCAUGCACGCAUGGAUUUAGACAUCAAAUUAGCUGCUCCUUACGUGGUUAUGGCCUACAAUGGUUGUUAUACCGGUAACGAGAAUGUACUUGUGGUAAAUUUGGGUCGCCUCCGGUUCAAAUCAAUUGAACGCGACGUAACCGAAAAUCCACCAGCUAAUGUCUCAGAGAUGUACAAGCGUGGAAUCAACAAGGAAGAUAUGAUGCAUGAGCUCAUGUCGCAGAGUUACGACCGAUUCACUCUAGACAUUUACAACGUGCAAAUUCUUUUGGCUCAGAGCGACGAGAAUUGGCUGGAUUGUAUAGGUCAAGGGUACGAUAAGGGAAUUUCACACAUGCGAAUCUUAGAACCAUUAGAUCUUCACUUCAUUCUGGAAACCUGCUUGAUAACAGACGACGUCAAGCUACCAGCAACCAAAGUCGCCGGCGUAUUACCUUCGGUUUUGGUCAACAUCACAGACACCAGAUUGCUUCUGUUACUCAGCCUCUUACAAUCGAUCCCUACAGAUUUUGGAGAAGAGACUGUGCAUAUAGAACAUUUGCCGCGAAGCGUUAGCUCUACAUCGCUAUACAGGCAUAACGAUAUGUCAGACGUUAUUGUUCAUCCCAGGAAGUCAACCGCCGCCGUGAACGUUGUCCAAUUAACCAAGAUGCAGGUAGACUUCGAGCUUAAAGACAUUACGAUAAAGUUGUCUCAUCAGGAAAUGCUCUCAUCGCCUAUCGAAGAUGUAGCCAUCCUGAACGUGCACUCUAUGAGGUGUCACAUGGUUCAGCAAACAUUCAACAUGGAUGUGGAUGUCUCAUUAGCAAGCAUAUCGAUGUCUCAAUUCCUCAACGGUCUUAAUCAACCGAUCGAGGUUAUUUCAACACCGAGAUCAGACAAGGACUUCCUUUUUAACGUUAAAUUCUUACAAGUUGAUAAAAAGUCCCCCGACUUUGUCACGAAAUACGAGGCUUGCGAGGCCUUGCUUUCCGUCGAUUUUGCGAUCUUAGCUUUGCGUUUGCACCAGGAAGGUUUGCAGGAUCUGAUGCGAUUUGCAAACGACUUACAAUGUCAAUUAAACGAUAUUACUGAAAAACCUAGGCAAAAAUCUCGAAUUUCUAGACUUAGUAGUACCAGCAGCUCUACUUCGAGAAGAAGGAGCGGAAGCUUACAUAGGUUAUCAGUUAUCUCCCAUAUAUCAGAAAAGCAGUUGAAUAUUAGAAAACCCAAAUCACGGACGUUGGUGUUGUUUAAGUUGAAGGCGCGUUUGAACGAGGUUUCGGUUAUGUUCGAGAAUAUAAAUACCCGUAUCUCUUUGAUCUCAAUCAAUGGGCUCAGUUCAGACAUCACCAUGAAGAACUAUUCUACCGCUAUCAAUCUUACCUUGACAAACCUUCAGAUUCUAGACAUGAACAAAGAGAAUAUUCACAACAAGAUACUCACUGUAGCCGAAGACCAGGAAGCAUUGGAUGUAAAAAUUGUUAUCCAUAAUUUGGAGCCUGGUGACACGACUACUGUCGAUAUGGAGGUCGCUGUUAAGUUGGGUUGCAUGAAAGUGUCGUUUGUAAACUGGUACAUUUCUAAUAUGAUUGAUUUCAUGAAUCGCUUCCAAGUAGCACAAAGAGCAAUCGCUGAAGCAUCUGAGAAAGCAGCGAGAACUGCGAAGGAGAACAUGCAGAGUAUUUAUGAAAAGGCCACCAAGAUAUCGCUAGAUAUACACUUGAAAGCGCCAGAGAUAAUAAUUCCAGAGAACUCGAAAAGUCUGAGCGGUCUGCUGGUCGAUCUAGGUUUCAUCACCAUCACCAACAAAUUUAACGAUCUGGAUAUAAAGAACGAAGCCGGUUAUCGAGUUGUCAUCGAUGAGCUAAUGCUGAAAUUAGAACGACUAGGUUUCGAAAGCAUUAAAAUGAAUGAGAAUCUAGAAAUUAUCGAGAGGGAGACCUUAAUUGAACCGGUUACCUUCACUCUUGAUGUUAGCAGGAAUCUCUCGACCUGGUACAAGGCGGUACCCGACUUGGACAUCAAUGGACACAUCGACUCGAUUCAUUUGCUAUUGGGUGAACCAGAUUACAGGACAAUGAUGCAGGUAUUGAAUGGGAACCUAUCUGAAGGAAAUGUAUAUGUCCAGGAAGCCGGUGACUCAAUUCUUGUAGACCAAUUUGAUAGGGAAGCGGAUGCUUCGGACGAUCCUACUGGAGAUGCGAAGAUAAACAACGCACCAGGCACAGGGGACGAUUCACUAGUCACAACCACUCUCCGUUGGAACUUCAUUAUGAAAUGCUUUAAGAUCAAUCUAUUUGUUCUGAAUAGCGAAGGCAAACGGGAGGGUUUGGCCGAGUUGGCGCUUGAAGGUUUUGCAGUGCGGGGAAGAUUGUUAUCCAACAAUUCGAUGUCAAACGCCCUGCUACUAGUAAACUGCUUGCUCACAGACACUAGACCUGGAAGGGAGGAUAAGAUCAAUUGCCUCUUCAGUCGCACUGCAGACCCAGUGGAAGAACGUGGCGUUCCGGACAGCGUUCUGGGGCUUAACAGAAACAUGAUUGAUAUUACCUUCACUAAGAAGGAAGAUACAUUUAUCGACAUCAGGAUUUACAGUUUUACAUUUAUUGUCUCCAUGGAAUAUAUGCUUAAGCUUUCAAACUUUUUCACUGGAGCGUUAGUCGUUCCGCAGGCCCAAGUCAAAACAACGAAGCAGCAGCCUGUUGCGACUACUACAGAAGCGAAGGAAACUAUGAUGUCGCUAACGUUAAAAUUGGAGAAACCCCAUAUUAUCUUGGUCGAAAGCAUGGAUAGGAUCGAUACAAGAGCAUUAAUCCUAAAUAGUGAAAUUCAACUGAAGCUGCGAUUGAUCGGUACACAUCAGAGUAUCAACGGCAAUAUAAAAGACAUGCAAAUGUACACGUGCAUCUUCGAUCCGAAAUUGCGACAAUCUACAAGGAAUCCGGUCUUGGAACCUUUGACGAUUAGUGUGGCUGGAUCCACGCCUGAAGGAAAGGGACUGCACAUUGAAAUUUAUCUAACUGACGUAUGCAUUAGCGUAUCCUUGUACACAAUAGAAGUGUUGAAUAGGAUUAUGGCUUCUUUAUCUCCUGCAAGUGCGCUUGAAGAGAAUGAAGAGGGAAACCAGCAUAUUGAUUUCACGGAUAUGUGGAAUUUUAAUAAAAAUACUGAUUUUUGGUUCCUCAAGAAAGAAGACACGGCCGCAGAUGCCUUGGUAGCUUUUAAUGUGGACUCCUGCGGCAAUGAGGUACCCACUAAACUGAGUGAGUUGUGUAUCGUGAAUAUGCCUUCUAUCUUGUUAACGUUGGAAGCCGGCGUCGGUAACAACACAUUCCCCAUGCUUUUACUCCAAUCCAGUUUCGACGGAAGAAUUCAUGAUUGGAGUUCACAGAUCUUUAUAGAAUCUAUCCUCACCAUUCAAAUGAGUUACUACAACAGUUUCUUAGCUAUCUGGGAACCUUUGAUCGAACCCAUACAAGAGAUCAAAAAUGGAGUCACCUUACACAAACCUUGGGAAUUAAAAUUAGAAGUGGCGAUGAACGAUCCGACCGAUAGCAAUGAACAAUCAAUGAAUGGAUCGAUGGUCGCGCAAGAGGGAGGCGAGAUCAUCGAGCAGAUUCAGACAACUGCCGCAUGCGUAAUUGACGUUUCUUCUGCAUAUAAUCUUGAGUUGACCCUCACGAAGACCAGCAUCGAAGUGCUUUCGAGUUUGGGCAAACUUUUCGCAGCCGCCGUUAAAGAUUCAGAAGCGUCCUUUGCCAAGACGGAAAUCUCUGCUCCUUAUAAACUGAUCAACGUGACUGGAAUUCCCGUCGAUCUUCUACUUAGCGAUGAUUCUCAUUUUUGUUUGGCAAAGAACAGUGAGAUGACCAAUCUUGUGCAUCUGGAGUCUGGAGCCGAAAUCGAAUUGGAGCUACGCGAUCAGACGGACAGGCCGAACGAUGCUAGGAAUUUAGCCAAAAUACUAAACGGCACUGCCAAGACAAUUGAUCGUUUCUUGACCAUCGAAGUUAAAGAUAUGAACUGCAAGUUGCAUCUGCCUGUGAUAAAGGCAGACAAGAGGUUCUUCAUGAUGAAGAAAAAGGCAAUUUACUGGGGUCUCGUUUCUUCGGUAAAAGUUGUCAAUGGGGUCACCAAAAUCACACUUAGCAGUUCUCUAAAAGUUUAUAACAAAUUUUCUGUUCCGAUUGAUAUGUAUUAUAUGAGGGACAGCGGUAAUGAAUUAGAGUUUAUAGCCACAAUCUCUCCUGAAUCUGCGAUGUAUGUACCGAUGCGUGCCGUCUACUCUCAAACCAGUGAGCUGUUCUUCUCGGUGGUCAACUAUUCCGUUACGACUACUCCCUAUGUUUGGAAGGAUCUUCAGUUGAAUGUAGCCUUAUCAAAGACCUUAACUUGCUCCUCCAAAACCGCAAAAGACGAAUCUUUUGUCAUACGCGCUGUGGGUCAAAUGGAGCAAAUUUACUUCGAGAAUACUAUCAAACACACGAUGGUUAGUACCGUGUACAACAUUUUCUUGAGGCCAGCAGUCAUUUUCAAAAAUUGUCUUCCAAUCGACAUAGAACUGUGCGUGCAGAAUGUGGUUGGAGAUCAUCUGAUCAAACCGGGAGACAUCCUCGAAAUUCCCAAUGUUGAGCCGGGUAAAACUUAUAUCGUUAUAAGACUACCCCUCUAUCUGGAGAAGGAGUGGUCGUGUCAACAUGAUGUUUCCCAGAAUCCGGUACCGUUCACCGUUUGGACCUUCGAUAGUUAUGAUAGUUCACAGAAGGUGUCCCUUGAUUUGGGCAUGCACAUCCUUGUUGAGAAUGAAAGUUUCAUCAUGAGCUUAUACUGUCCGUUCUGGAUGCUAAACAAGACUGGAUUAGCACUCUGCUACAGGAAGUCUAGAAAGACUGAGCGGAACGAGGCGUCCGGCAGCCCCGUUAAGAGCACCGAUGAGAAUGCGAACAUCCUAAAUCAUCCGGCCAAUUUCAAGGGACCCAUCUUAUUCUCAUUCAAUGCCAAGAACUUCUUCGGAAAGAAAAAGGCCUGUGUUCGCAUUGAACACGGUGAAUGGUCCGACAAGUUCUCUAUCGAUGUGGCCGGUUCUUCGGGAGUUAUCAUCUGCAAGCACAACGAAAAAUUGCAUCAGAUUGGUGUGAGCAAUCGCUUGACGUACAACGGCUUGACCAAGCAGAUCAUCUUCACGCCGUAUAACGUGAUCAUCAACAACACUCCAUUCACAGUCGAAUGUCAGGAGGUGGAACGUCCUGCAGAUCCCUGGACUCUGGUUGCCUCCAAGGCGUGUUCUUCGUUCUGGCCAUCCAGUGAAAAGGAUGAUAAAUUAAUCCGGGUGCGAAUCGCUGAUACUGAUGAGAUCACCGCUCCCUUCAUGAUCACCGAGAGCCACACUACUUUGUUGAAACUAAAGAAUAAAUAUGGCGGUAUUAACGUUGAUAUACAAAUGACUGAAGGCGCUGUUUACAUAAAUUUGGCCCUUUACGAUCACGGCAGCGCUCCUGCUCUGAUUAUCAAUAAUACGAUGCAUACCAUGAAUUUAUGGGAAAAAGGAUCAGUACAAAUUAGGAAAUUACCUCGAAAUCAAAAUAUGUAUUACACUUGGGAUAAUCCGUCAGGACCUAGGGUGUUGGUAUGGGAAGGUGGUUAUAGGAAGGAAAUGGAAAAUGAUUUGCGAAUGGACGGUGUGGGUGAAUACCCCAUCUCCGAGCAGUACAACGUAUUCUGGGUAUCCUUCCUCGAAGGAAUGCAGCGCAUCCUCCUCUUCACCAUGGAUCAGGAGGUCGCGGAAAAUGCGCAAGCCUCCAAGCAAUUCGAGCAAAUCGACAGGGAAAUAACUUUAUCCAUCUACGGCGUCGGCCUAUCUCUCGUGAAUAACAUGAAGAGACAUGAGGUGAUGUACAUUGGCAUAGCCAGCACCGGCAUUAUUUGGGAGACGUGCAAGAUGCACGGCAAACGCUACAAGCAGAUGAGCACAAAGGACAAUAUCGCCAUGGAGAAGGCUUUCCAGAUUUACAACUUGCGGCAGGUCGAGAAGCAGGACGAGACACUGCAGAAGAAGACCAUGGUCGACGAUCGCACAGAGGUCAACUUUGGUGAACUGCUUAUGCUAAAGCCGCAUAAGCGUAAAAUCAAACGGCGUUUCCAGACCGGCCUCUGGGUGCAAAUGAAGAGUAGCACCCAUCAGAUGCAGCUGCACGCCAAGGUGAACAGGCUACAGAUUGAUAAUCAGCUGUACGAUUGCACGUUCCCAGUUCUCCUGGCGCCGGUGCCUCCUCCUAAGUCGAUUUCAGUCAAUAACGCGCAUAAACCAUUCGCGGAAUUGAGUAUCGUGCAGCUCUUGAUGAAGAACAGUCAGGUGCAGCAGUUUAAGUACUUCAAGAUCCUCAUUCAAGAAUUCCAUAUCAAAGUAGACUUGGGUUUCAUCAACGCCAUCAUGGAGGUCAUGGAUACUGUUGAGAAGGAGGACGAUAUAAAGGAACGGUUCCUUUUGGAUUUGAACUUAGUCAACGAACAACUAUAUUCGCAUGUCAGCACACACUCGAUCCAAGAGCAAAAAAGUUUUUACGAUUUGCUGCACUUCUCUCCGCUCAAGAUACACGUGAGCUUCUCGAUGGUAUCUGGAGGAGGUAUUACAAAUAUGCCUAACUUCUUGAGCGUACUGCUUCAGGGUAUCGGCGUUACCCUCACCGACUUGCAGGAUGUCAUUUUCAAAUUGGCUUACUUUCAACGUGAAUACAACUUCUUGACGCAGCGGCAACUAAUUCGCGAAGCUACCGCUCACUACAUGGGUCAAACCGUGAAACAGCUGUAUGUGCUUGUCUUCGGUCUGGAUGUUAUCGGUAAUCCAUAUGGAUUGGUGUUAGGUAUUUCUCAGGGCGUAGAGGAUCUUUUCUACGAGCCAAUACAAGGGGCAAUUCAAGGUCCAGGCGAAUUCGCCGAGGGUUUGGUGCUAGGUGUUAGGAGUUUGUUUGGACACACGGUCGGAGGAGCUGCUGGUGCAGUAUCAAGGAUUACUGGGGCCAUGGGCAAAGGUAUCGCGGCGUUGACUUUUGACAAGGAAUAUCAACGAAAACGACGGGAUCAAAUCAACAAGAAGCCGGCAACGGUACAAGAAGGAAUGGCGCGGGGCGGCAAGGGUCUUGUUAUGGGAGUGGUGGACGGUUUCACCGGCAUUUUCACCAAGCCAAUAUCCGGUGCCAAAGAGCAAGGCGUUGGUGGUUUCUUCAAAGGUUUGGGUAAGGGUGCCGUCGGUUUGGUGACGCGUCCCACCGCCGGCGUCAUGGACUUUGCCAGCACCUCCUUUGACACCGUGAAGAGGGUCACCGAUUUCGGUCAUGAGGAGGCCUCGCGUUUGAGACCGCCGCGAUUCGUGAACGCUGACAUGGCUGUGCAUCCUUUCAAUAAUCUCCUGGCAGAAGGAAACAAGCUUCUCAACGAACUAGAGAAAGGCAAAUAUUAUAACACCGACAUAUAUUCCUGCCAUUUCCCGAUAAUCGAGAAGAAGGAGAUUCUGAUUCUCUCAGACAAGAGGAUGGCCUACAUCGUACACAAUGACCUGUUCGGAGGUUGGCAAGUAGACUGGUCCUAUACCUGGGGCGAAAUCGACAGGGCGCCAGAGCUGACAAACCGCGGUGUUCAGAUUUAUUUCGAAUGCAAAAAGAAAGGUAUCCUAUACAACUCGCACGAACAGAGCAAAAUGAUACUUCUCUCCAAUCCAGAACUGUGCAAGCAGAUGAUCGCCAAGAUCGUAAAGCACAUGAGCGUUACAUAAAAUAAUUCACAUGGUAUCCUGCGAUUCGUGGAACAAAUGUGUAUUAUUAACGACAUUGAAAAUGCACUUGUCGAAUCCGCGGAGCUUGGCUUCACUCCUAAAAUGAAUAAGAAGUGCACGCUUGCUUAAAAAGAAACAUAACCUUUCUGUAGAGAUUUUUAUAUAUAUAUUAUUGCCCUUUUUGUAAUAUCGGUUAUAUAUUGUUGAAUUUAAAAAAUUCUAUUUGUUUUAACAGAAAAAGAAAGAGGUAAAUAAAAC